AUCAAAUUUGAUUUGUGCAUUUUGAUUAUUUUAUUUUGAUAGAAAACGUAAUUGAAUAGCAGAUAUGACUAAUCUUUCUAUUUGGAUAUCUGAUUGUUCUUAUGGAACAAACGACAAGACAUAUCGCUUAAGUUGAUUUUAUUGAUCACGAUUCAAGGCAAUGUUCGUAGUUAUCUAUUCAGUCGCUCGCAGAUCCAUUGAGUUGUGUAUGCAAAUCUAUGUAACGCAUGCUACUCGCGUAUACAUAGUUACAUAUAAAUGCAAGUGUCUACAAAAGACUGUUUUGCGAUAAUAACGAGACGUUUUGACAAGUAGGCGGCACUUUUUCAUAGCAAAGCAAUAAGACUCGUCAACGGAAGUGUAAUGUUUUUACUCGUCUCUUUGUACCAAUUUAAGAUAAACGAAUAUACGAGAGGGGACAAUUUGCGUUGGCAAAUUGACCUAUCACUAAAGAAUGUUAUAAAUGCAUGUAGUCCUAUAUAUUAUUUUAUUUAGAAGAUCUAAUGUUACGAACCAUCAUUGUGGGAAUAGAAACCGGUAAGUUAUCUGUAGUAUAUGUUGCAAGCAAUACCAGUUUCUUCAGUGUGUUAUCUCUCAACAAGGCAAAGAUAUUUUAGUCCAUCUUUCAUUUGAUCAUGUUGCAAUCUCUUCUUCCGAAUCACACGUACCGAUUUUCUGGCUCGUGAAGCGGUGAAACAUUGUCGCAUAAAAAAAAGAAAAAGAAUCGAUUCAAGUACAUAUAUCAACAAAAAGACGGCGGCCUUUCGUGUUCCUUUAUGUUGUCUAAAUGUUAAAUCGGUACAAGAGAAGAAGAGAAGAAACUGAUCGGUAGCAAGCCGGCUUUACGAACACGUCCGGGGGGCCCCGCGUAACCAGUUUGUGAUUGGUUAAGCUGUGUACCACGUGGCGACGUUGCGCGGGUGGGGAUUGGCCAGCACGGCCGCGCUCCGCGGGCGAAAGCAGCGAGUUUUGUUCUAGUAUUUACCCCGCGGUGUAAAGUUGGCUCUCGCGCUCUCCUGUGUCCUUAAGUCACGUUCCAUUGUUCGCGUCGCUCCUUCAAGUUUCUCUCACACCGUAGAGAAUCCCCAUUGUUCCUGGGCUUGUGCUUUUUAGUGGUUGAACGCCAUACGAAUUGUGCGCCAUGUUCGCGCCGCGAACAACACGCGAUUCACCGGUUACCGUAGCAAGUGAUACGUUUUUUCCGUAAACAAAUUGUGCGUGCGUUUAAAUCCCAUUCUGGAUUUUACUGGCGGUGUGUACGACUACAUCCCAUUCUUGCCGUUAGGAAGGCAAAACUCUAGUGGUAGUAAACGACGAGGCGAGAGCACGCUGUGGGAUCGUGGAAUGCGCGCUGACAGAGAACGGAGACUCGAUAACCGGAAGGGUUGGAGGGCAGAGCAUGAGGGUCGGGGUGGAAACGAGGGAAGAAGAUUCACAGCUCGGCGAAGCGGUUAAUGACUGGCGGUCACCGAACACAGUUGGACACGUCUCCGCCGGUUGGAGAUGAGCACGAAGGAAGCGAUCACCGCGAUGGCGACCACCGUUUCCUCAACGGGGGCGACGCUCGCGUCGUCGCCGAAGCUCGACGUCGAGGCAGAGGACGACGAGGAGGAGCCACCGACCACGUUCGACGCGUUGGAUAUGGAUCUGGUGAACGGACCGAAUCCGUGGCUUCCGGCCUAUGGCUUCCAGCUGCAGCAUCGUUCCCAUUUUCAGCCCACGCACGAGGAUCUACGGGCUAAUGAUACGGUGCUGGUGCAACAAGUGGAUUUUCUGGAGACCAUUUUAGAAGAAACGUCCGACGAUCUGCAAAGCGAUUCCGAUCGAAGUGGAACCACUUACUGGGUCGGCUCGGACUCCGAAACCGAAAGCGUGAUACACAUACGAGCGAAUAGAUUAGCUGACGAAAGGCUGGACGGGAGCGGGAGCGAGUGCAAUUCGUCGGCGGCGAGGAAGAAGAGGCGAAGGGGGAGCAAGUACAACGGCGGGAGCGAGAGGGAGCAGCAUCAGGCGGUGUUGGACGAUUAUCCGGCGUCGCCCAGGUCGUCGAGAUCGUCCGCCUCCUCGAGAUCCAGCUCCCUGCUUCAAUUCGAGUCGUUGGAGAGGACCUGCGCCACUCUCUCGCCCUCCAGCUACAGCUUCGACUCGUUGGAGUAUCCGAAUCGGUCGAACGCCUCCCAUCCCGAGAACAACACGUCUCCGGAUAGCCUCGAACAGGACUACGACAAGGCUCUGCCAAAUGGUUUUGGAAACGUGGACCACUUUUCCAGAAUCAGGCCUUACCGUAGCUUCGAGAGUCUGGACACGUGUCAGAAGGAGGAGGAGGAGUUCGGCCACGGUUGUCUCACCAACGGGUUCACGCCUUUGUACCUGAAACGAAACGCUGAGCUGUCCAGGACACGUAGCAAUGGCUACCACCGUCCAUCGAGGGAUUUUUGGCACGAGGACGACGAAUACGAGGACGACGACGACGAUGACGACGACGAAGAAGAAGAAGAGGAGGACCUCGAGGAGGGAGUUCCUCGCGCAUCGAAGGAGAGUCGGGCAGGCACGGAGCUCGAGGAUCGACUGAUGGUGUUCGGCGAUUGCAACUACGCCACGUCACUGGAUUACAGGAACACGAUCGACCUGCGUGAGAUCGGCGUCGAGUCGAAGAGGGACGCCCUGUUGGAUCUGAAGUCGGGCCAGGCAGGCGUGUCGAGCUCGUUUCGCCUGUUGCAGACCAGGUUAAAUAUAGCCGGCGGUAUGGCGCACGUUCGCAACAACAUGGUCGCCGAUCAUUAUCAUCAUCAUCAUCAUCAUCAUCAUCUUCAUCAUCAUCAUCGUUACCACCAGACCCAACAGCAGCAGUUGCACGGCUACGAGCAGCACGAGCAGCAGCAGCAGCAGCACCAGCGUCAAGGGUGGAGCAACGAGGACUGUUUUAAUUUUAGAUUCACGGAUAAAUCUCAAAGCGCGCCCAGUCUCCUCACCACCGUCGACGAGUGUGCACGCGUGCCAUCGCGCUCCUUCUUCGCUACCUCGAACCACUUCGCCCCGAUUUCCACCUCGAACCUGUUCGAGAAUUACACGAGGGUAGCCAGUGUACCCGUUGAUUUGAACCUGUGCGGCGUCCACGAUGACGCGCCGCGUCCAGUGAGCGCACUCGAGGCCUACGAAAUGGCGGAAGUGAACGGUAGCAGCAGCAGUAGCAGCGUGCAGAGCGGCGAGAACAGGCGGCCGAAGAAGAGUUUGGAAGAGGAGGGAGGGGAGGGGGGGGACGAAGAGGCGAAAAGUAAGAAGAAACGUUCGACCGCGAGCUCCUCGGUGAGGACCCAGGGAUACAACGCGAUUCCGGACGGUAGGACGGCCGACGAAGAGAACGGGGAGAGAUCGAGGAUGGAGGAGUGCGUGGGGGGGGAGCAUUGCUCGAGGAAACGAGUCACAUCGACGGUCAAGACUCAGGAUCGAGCGGUGGACGGGAUCGAGGAGCUGAAACGCGAGGUCGAGGGGGCUAGCUCGAACGGUAACGCGGUGGCCGACGGUAUCGACGGAGGCCCGCCUCGGGGGAAACAAACGCGGCCGUGGAAGGUGAAGAACAACGCGAGCUACGAGCUGGCCCAGCAGUUCGAGAUAGACGAGAGGAAUUUCCGGUGGCGGGUAAGGGAGGCCGGUAACGAGGGCGAGAAGGCGGGGAGAAGCGUGGCGGGGCGUAAACGUAAGGUGUUGAACAACGCCAGCUACGAGCUGGCCCAGCAGUGCGACUACAUCAAAGCCCUCCAAUCAUGCAGAGGCGCUUUCCAACGAAUGGACGCGUGCGACGAGCUCGAGGAGCCGAUACUCGCCGCCGGCAGAUCGUCGCGGCUCAGGGUAUCCGACAUGGUGCAACAGAUGAGCAGCAGCUCGACCUCGAAUCUCGCAGCCUCCACGUACGAGCGCUCGUACAUGGACACCAGGCCGUAUUCGAAAUCCACGGAGAAUAUAUCGACUCAUCAAUUCUCGACCGCCCCGUUCACCAGGAUCCCGAUCAACGAGCUCGGCCAGCGGCUCUCGGCCGAGAGGCAGAGGGAGAGGGGUGAGGAGGGGGGGGAGGAGGGGACGCUUUUGAGCCAGAUAAAAAAAAACUCGGAUCCAUUUUCAAUCUGUGGAGACGAUCCUAGUGCCCGUGCCCCAGUAGACGACGAGGUAGAUUUACCCUGCUUGGAAACCAAACCCAUAAUAGGAACUUCCAGCCUGGAGGGGAGCGCGUCGCAGCCCGAGGAAACGAGCAUCAACGAGCCUCCUCAUCAACGAUCGUUCUCAACCUUGGAACGCGUCGGUUCGAACGCUUGUAACGAGGCCGCGGUUUCGAGUGCGGUUUCGAAGGACUAUUACACCACCACCACCACCACGACAACCACCAUCACCGACAACCCAGAUCGCGACGCGAUGGUCGUCGAGGCGAGCAGUUGUUCCAAGAGAUCGUUCAUCGGUGAUUUCUAUCCGGAAAAAAUCGUGCGGUUGCAGCAACGGGAGGAGGCGGAGGAUCAUCGACCGAUCGACGAUCCGAGUAGCGAGGAUAAAAACGAGAGUCCUUCGACGAUACCUAGUGCCGUCCUAUCGUCGUCGGCUUGCAACGGUAGGAACGUAGGUAGUGGAGAAUUGCUGUGGAGGGUCAUAGUGGAGAAGCAGGAGAAGAAGGAGGCUACCGUGGAGAAGCAGCAGCAGCAGCACGGUGUCCACGGUGUUGGUGUUGGCCCCCCACCAGGCGGUAGCAGCAACAGCGACGGCCUGGAACCCGAUGGUGAACGGAGUGGGAAUCCAGCGGUGGCCGUGGCAGUUGAUACGAAUCAUCGCGGUGAUCGCGACAAACGUCACGAGGAGAACGCGGCGGCAACAACUGCGCCGGUUAGGGUAGACGACAACGAGGACAACAACGAGAAGGAGGGCCACGCGGCGACUGUUAUGUCGACCACCACCAACGCGAAACCGCGGCUGUUCGUCACGCCGGCAUCGCCCAUCAUCGUUGGGAACAACGACACGUCCGCGGCAAGAUUUCAACGAAACAUGGUCGUCGACGCGUCGUCCGCGACCACCGUGAAGGAGGAGAGGAAAAAGGGUGGAUUGGGUGGCUUCCUGCAACGCUUCUCGAGGCUACGGUUCAGUGGUAGAUCGAAAGUGCCGCGGUCCGAGGUGCAAAAAAAGAGUGAUACGAUCGGCCAAGUGAAUCGCGCGAAGGUGACCGGCGAGGAGAAGGUUAAGAAGGAGCCGGAUUAUAUCAUCAUUCCGUUACAUCCUCCGGAGGAGGAGAGGCAAAAGCAGGAUCAACAACAACAGAACGUUGUUGUUGCCGAGAAUAGAGGCGAGGACACCGGGAAUGGCAGAAUUGUCGCCGACGUUCAACGAAGUACCUCCAAUAUUAGCGCAAACGGGAGGGCGCCAGUGUCCAGCAAGCCGCCCCUGCCGCCUCAGCCGCCCCGCUUCGGGGCGCUGGGCUCGAGAGCGUCGACGGGCGCGUCGGCGGCGACGGCGGCGUGUUCGUCGCGCCGACGCGCGGCCACGGACCUUGGAAAUCCGGCGGCCAUCGAGAUGGCGAAGGCCCGCACGAUGCAGGCCGCCCAGGAGCGCCCGGUCGGCCUGCUCGAGACCGACCUCGACGAGGCCGUCGUGCCUUCGACCACGACCCCGCCGAACGCCGCCACCACCGGCAAAAAGACGAGGAGCCUGCUCAAUCUGAAUCACACCUCGACCGCCCCGCGGCCCAGGCCCGAGCACGCCCUCCACGUACCCCAGUCGCCCGUCGCCGCUUCGCACAGGAGCCCCCGCGACAAAGACGCCGCCUCGACCAUCAACCAACGGCCACACAAAUCCAUGGAGUUCCUCCUUGACAAGGAGAACCUGCAUUUCGUCAAGCUGAGGGAAGAAGAAGCACUUUCAUUUCGAAUUCAUCUGCCGAAGUGGAUUCUCGUUCGCUACUCUGCUACUCAUUUACUUUCACCUGUCACGGAUUUUCGCUCUUCCUCUCGAAACCCCGUCGUCGCACUUUUCAUCGCUCGCUCGAAUCGACCGCCAACUUUAGGUGCCCUUCUAAGUCCAAGUCCCACGCCACCUGUAUUCUCAAGAUGGAGUACCAGUUUGCUGAACAGCGCCGGAAGUUCGCCAGCGAGUUCGGCGAGGUCGUCGUUCAACCAUCGACAGCCAUACUUGGGCUGGCGUUCUCAGGAACGACUGACGAACCCGCGAACACCGGCAGAACGUCUUGCUCAGGGUAUUCUUCCCCAGUUGCAAGCAGCCAACAAGCAGCAACAACAGCAGCAGCAACAGCAGACAACGAAUCAGCAACUAGAGGUAAGGAACUCGAUAAAGGAGGUAACCUCGGCCAUUGUGCACUACGUGCAAAGCGGUCAGGAGGUUGGUGGAGGUGGCAGGCUGUCGCCUCGACCUCGACCUGAAGACUGGGACGACAGGGGCGGAGCAAGGUCGACCAGCCCCAGAGGGAGCGUGAAGCUGUGUUGGAUGGAGAGCUCGUUCGUUGGCACGAGACCUGUGGAUUCGCCGGAGACACCGAUGAGUUUGGCCACGGAGACCGACUGCUGCCCGGGAUGCAACGCGACAGCUACCGAGACGUGCAGCUGCGUCGAUUCCGCGACAUCCGGCCUCUUCUUGGAUUUGACACCGACGCACGACGAUGCCCAACAACACCAACAACAACAGCAAAUAGGUGGCGGCGGUAGCCUAUGCCCAUCACCGUCCUCGUCACUCAAUUAUCACCACCAUCAUCAUCAUCAUCACCGUCAGCUUCACCAUCAACAACAAUCUCAGCAGCAACAGCGCCAUCACCGCGGAUCGGGCCAGAGCGAUACGGACGAGGCGAUGGCGACGGCAGCUCUUCUGCGGAACAAACCGAGCCCGGGUUCCACGACCCUGGAGGACGUCCUUGACUCCCUCCUUGGCCUGCCAUCCGCGUCGCGUACCCCGAGUCCUGGGCCAGGUCCCGUCGUAACCGGUACAUCCACCACCAUACGCCAUCGAACUAACGUCGGCCAGGCUAAUGCGAAAGCCGGGAAGAGCUGCAGCGACCUACGCCAAGACCUCCAAGAGUCCGCUAAGAGCGUGAUGGACGUGCAAGGAACAUCGGAGGAGCGUGGCUCAUAUUACACGGGCGAGGUCGCCGUGCGGCGGAAAAGCGAGGGCAGCGAGACACAGUUGAGAGCAACGCAAUCGACGAGCGCACAAACGAGAGGUCCGUUGGCCCAUCGAAGAGUGUCGUUCGACAACAACCAAGAGCCCCCACCAACGAACGGGUUGGUGGUGGGGGCGUGCAACAUGGCCGAAAAGGUGAUCCGUUGCCGGAACAACAAGUGCAGCAACACAGCGACGCUGGCCGAGGCGAAGAAGACGUACAAGAGCUGUCACAACUGUACCUGCCUCUAUUGUUCGAGGGAGUGCAGAAGGGCGCACUGGCAACGCCACAGGAGAACCUGUUUGCACUCUCGGGCCGGAAGCCUGUGCAAGCAGGUGUUGUCCUCCGCGAAGGAGGAUCCGGUCACGCUUAAGCACAUCUCGGCGCUUGCGAAGCGCGGCUACGCGUUCCACGGGCGGGGCGCCGUCAAGUGUUUCUUCUCGAGCCCCGAGGCGGCGGAAAAAUUCAUCGCGAACGGUUUCGUGGACCUCGGGGAGCCGACCUAUGUCCGGUGGUCGGAUCUGUUGGCCCGGGAGAUGGGUGCCGAGCUGUACGCCGAGGUGAUCAGACUUUGCAAAUCGUACAAUCCCGAGACGAGGCUGGUGCUGUACGUGGCCGUAUGCGUGGUGAGCGAGGUGCCGACCAGCGGGGCCGUGAAGUGGGAACGCCAGUUGGUGUCCAGAUGCGCCAAGAUCCACUUGGACACGGCCAACCGACACCACACGUCCUCCUCGUCCGCCUCGCCGCAGGGUAGACAACAGUCGACGUCUCCGUGCAACAUUACGCGAGAGAUGGAGUCGCCGGAGAUGUUGGUGCUCACCUCGCUUCCGGGUAACAACGGGCAGAACACGCCGAGGCGGAUACGGGAGAUCAGCUUCAACAACAUACAGAGGCAGUUGAAAUUGAGGGGCGUGUCGCUUAGGAGGCACUUCCCCCAAGUUUAUAGGAAGCUGCGCGCGUACGUGGACGGUACCGUGGAUAAAUUCGCCCCAGUCACCAUCUACCCGAGAGACCAGGCGUCCGGGAAGAGUUUCAUGUGCAUCAUAAUGCUCGGCGUCGAGCCUGAGCGCCUUCAGCUGCUUCCCACAGAUUCAUCUAGGGUUAGAACCGUUGAUAUUAGCGUCGAGGAGGAAUGAAGCUCUCCGAGCCGGGUACAGCUACUUAAUGUUAAUCGCUUAAACUCGGAUUUUUUUUUUACUGAAUUAAUUAGUGAAAGAAUAAUCUAAUCCGCAAGCUACGAGAUAGGCGCGAAAUGACGAGGGGGUGUGCAUUGGGGUGUGCACGUUUACGACAGUUGGGAAACUGUGGACGAAACAGCUGAAGGAAGCUUUUUAGAAUUUGAUAGGAAAUUGAGAGGAAAGUGAGUCAUCUUUCAAAGAGAGAGAGAGAGAGAGAGAAAAGAUACCGAUCAGAGUGGUCUUUCAGAAAAGAAAAUGAUUUAUCAAAUCGAGGAAAAUGGUUGUCGAGGAAAAUGGUUGAUAUCCCAUGACAGUUCGUGUGGAGCAACGAACAAAAUACUAUAGACAAAUUAGACUGUACGUUGCCAAACACUGAUCGCCUUGAUUCAGUUUUCAGAUAUAGAUCUAAUUGUGUAUUUAUAGUUUAUAUGAUAAAAAUUUGUCAGGUACACGUUAGAGUCGUUGGAAAUGUUAGUUUGCGUGUCGUUUCGACGUUUCGAGUGAACAUCGUGAUUUACGUACAAUGUUCGGAAUGAAUUAUCGUCGAUCGACAAGCAUAUUUAAUUUUUAUGGACAUUUAACGAACGUGUUCCCUUCGUAAUCUAACGUAACUGUAUCGAUUUUUAUGUUCACGAUUCUUGUUCGUGAAUUCUUAGGUAUCUCUCUCUAAUUGCUUCGAUAGAUUGAAAAAAAAUAUA